UUCUCUAUUGCGCUGGGGUUUGGUUGCGCCGCACUAAUCCCCAUCACAACAAAUAUCGCAUUUGACAGUAAAUUUGAUAUUUUUUUGAGAAAGAUAAGUGGCGUCACGUUACGUUGGUCUACUCAAAUUCUGCGGUUCGGUCCCUCUUGAAAUGAUUUAUCUUCACGAACGGUAGUUGGUGCCAAAUCUUCCUGCUUGUGACCCACCCACAAACAAGGCUCAUCAUGUUGCGAGAGAGCUCCAAGGCGUGGAGCAACGGCUCUGAGGCCUACAGCAGUGACCCGGAGGAGGAUGAGGAGGAGGAGGAGGAGGAAGAGGACAUGGUGUUUGGGGAGAACGAACCGGACGGCGUCGGCGAGGAGAUGAUGGACCUGAGCGACCUGCCGACCGCGCUCUUCGCGUGCGGCGUCCACGAGAUGGUGUUUGAGGACGACAUGGACAGGGAGAGAUUCGAGGCGGCGUUUCGGAUUUACGACGAUCAGGCAACCUUCCAACUGUUCAAAAGCUUCCGGAGAGUCCGGAUCAACUUCAGCACCCCCGAGGCAGCCGCCCGCGCUCGUAUCGAGCUACACGAGUCGGAGUUCAACGGCCGCAAACUCAAACUGUACUUUGCCCAGGUCCAAAAUGGUGACGAGGACAUCGAUAAAUCCUACCUAGCGCCCCCACAGCCCGUCAAACAGUUCCUGAUCUCGCCGCCCGCAUCGCCGCCCGUAGGCUGGAGUCAGAGCGAGGACGCGACCCCGGUCAUCAACUACGACCUGUUGUGCGCGGUCGCCAAGCUGGGACCUGGUGAGAAGUACGAGCUGCAUGCUGGCACGGAGUCCACCCCGAGCGUGGUGGUGCACGUGUGUGAGAGCGAGACGGAGGACGACGAAGCAGUGCGGCCCAAGCAGGAAAUUGUGCAGACCAGACGUCCUGACGGGCCACCAAAGGUCUUUAACUAGACCCCGCCAACCCCCUCUACAGGCUGUUUGUUGACCUACAACACAACACGCCCUCUCCUUCUUGCACUCUCUCUCUCUCUCUCUCUCUCUCUCUCUCUCUCUCUCUCUCUCUCUCUCUCUCUUUCUCUCGCUCAUCUUUGCACUCACAGAGGGCGCUACUGCCGCCGUCAUUCCAGCUCAAAAACAGACAAACAUUGCUCCAGUUUUUGUGGGCCAUCGGAUGAGACGGCUCGGAGGAAACGCAUGAGGGGACACACACACACAUACACACACGCACUAGCACACACCCAACCACUCCUCCCAUUGUCCAAUGGGGCACCCUUGACUCUGCCCCUGGCCCACCGAACUUCAGCAGACAUGGGCACACACACACACACACUACACUCGUUACACGCAUCGCUAGUCCAGUUAGCGUGUUAGUACCCUGCACACCUAAUUGUUUUGUUUAGCGAUGGCUCGUGUGUUUCGGGGUGAUUUGCACUUUUUUUUUUUGGUCCCCUUUUUUCCAUUCAUGUUCAUAUCAGCUCGCAUCGGGAUGCAUGUAUAUACUCUACAGCGUGAAACAAUACUAAUAAAGUGAAUAUUAUACGUCCCACACACUGCACGGAGUGCCAUAUGUGACUAACAAAAAAAGUUGUGGUGGCUGAAUAUUUCUCCUAUUUGUAAUUUAAUUUUACUAUUCGAUGUGUGUUCUUAUUGUGUAAUUGAUCGAUUGAUACACUUUUUGCAUGCUUAAAACACAAAGGUUUUUCUUUGUUUGCAUGCAGAACUCCAAAAUGGCGUCUUUUGGUCAUUUUCUUCUCCUUCGUUUGAAUUUUUCAAACUCCUCCCGUGCUGUCAACGUCAUUUUCUAUCGCCCAUUCGGAUCGCAAAUCCUUUUUGCAAGGGUGGGAGCAUCCUCCCGCUUUUUUCCGGCUUGUACAUAGCGCUUGAUCUUUGUAGAUGUUUUUCUAGUCAAAGAGGGAAAGCUGCCUGAUGAGAUGUCAACCAAAGCAUUCUCACGUAUUUCCUUCAAUGAGAGAGAAUGACAGUAAAUAUGUGCUGUUAUUGAAUGCGUUUUCACCCAUGCGACUUUAGGACUAUCUUACGCAUCUGUCUUUUUUUUUGUUUGUUUGUUUCAUGUCCGCUUUGUGUGUUCGCUCAUGCUAAUAAGACGUAAAGAAAUGAACAAUCAGUGCACUUAAUAAUUAAGAGUUCACUGUAUCUAUUUGGCGUCAUAGACAGACCGAGGAAAGCUCACUGGGUGGAUGCUUAAUAAGGAGGUACUCACAUACAAAUUAUCAGGCGGCUGGUUAGCAACUGAACUGGGGCUAAAGAAGUGUGUGACUCAUGAUUGUGAGUGGAGUUAUCAGUACGUGGCGGUCAUAUCGGCACUGUGAGAGCGACAAGCACACGCAUGGAAAUGUUUUCUCACUUAAAAAAAUAAUCUGUACAGUAUGUGUUGUAUCUUGAUUCAGAUGUUGGCAGCAGCUGCGUGAGUGUACGAGAUGCUAACCAGGCUAACGGCUAACAAUGAAGAAGCUUUUUGGUCCAUACACUCAGUUGCUCCAAGACACAAAUCGAAAUUGUCCAUUGCUGUGAAUGUGAGUGGAGAUAGCCGUUUGCGCUGUGAGUGACCUGCGGCCGGCCGAGGAUGGGAUAAGCCCCAGCUCACACCCACCAAUAAGAUAAAUUAGGACAGAAAGUAUAGAAAAUGGAUGGAUGGAUUAUUAAUCCAACUUUACAUUUCUUCAUUCAUUUGUUCACGCCUUACUACGUACAUUAGCGUAGGGUAACAAGAACCAUAGAAGAUAGACUACACCCAAAAGGUUUGAGAUAUUGGUAUGGUAUGGUUCAGGAGGAAUAUCGCAUCGAUUUGCACAAUUUGCUGUUCUUUUACAACAGCUGAACACGUAGAAUUCACAAUACAUAAUUUGAGCAAUACAUUUUCAAUUACAUCCACUGUUAUGCAUCUCUAUGACUCUUCUACUUUAAGCAGCAGUUUGGCAGACAUUAAAAAGAAAUACAUUUAAAAAAAGAGGCUUGAAUAUGUUUAACGCCACGCCCAAUUGAAGUUUAUCAUAACAUUAAAGCUUGCGUUAUUUAAAACUACAUAGCUUCUCCUGAUUAAAAAGUUUGCUUAAUUUAAUGCUAACAUAAAUUGACAUGCUAAUGGUUAGCAUUGUUACUUGGUUUUUGUAGUAACUGAUAUUUAAUGGCAAUCGGUAGAGCAAUGUAUGUAGACAGAUAAUAUAACAAUAGUCACAGGCAUAUGUUCUUUAUCCUCUCAGAGGAACUACGACUAUUCCAGCAUCUUACAGAGUCACACAACAGUAGUAGUAAAGAGGUCAAUUCAGGUUUUUUUUUUUUUUUGGGUGUCUGCAUGUCUGUACAGCAGGGGUCACCAAUGUGGUACCCACGGGCACUAGUUAGCCCCCCAAGGACCACAUGAGUAGCCCAAAGAUUAUUCUAUGGAUUAUUCCAUUGAUUCUGGGGCUAAUGGCUCCACCACCUGAUUUCUCCUGCCCACCCAUAAUAAUGAUAAUAAUAAUAAUAAUAAUAAUAAUAAUAAUAAAACUUAAAUAGAAUUUGGGCAAAUGUGUUAUUUCAGAAGUGUGCAUCAUUUGGUCGCCCUUCACACUCAUCAGUAGCCAAUGAGUAGUUUGGUGACACCUUCUGUAGAGUAUCAUACUGCCUACCGGUAGCCAAGGCGGGUACACCAGAAGGGGCCGCACUAUGAAUUGAUGGUAGCAUGAAAUAAUAUUGCACAAACUGUUUCAUUCUUUACAUUCUCUUUAUUUAGUUCAACAUGUGUGGUUUUAUAAAGUACAAUUAUCAAUCAUAGAAUACUAUGUUUCCUCAUUAAAAAAAAAACUUUAAAAUUGUGUUUACCUGUAAAGGGCAUUUUGGGCUCAUCUUGAAAUUUCAUCCGAAAGCCCAAUCACACUUACUUGACAUGAGUGGAGUACAACAGAACAAAUGUAGAAGAGUACCUCUGAGGGCUUCUUUUUUUUUUUUUUUACAUUUUCGUGGCAUGUGGGCUCCUUGGGCUGUUCAUGGCCCACAGGCCACACGCUGCCUACCAUUGCAUAAACCUGGUUCAUUAUCACAUUUCAGAUGGUAAGAUUGCGAUUUUUAGUAUGCUAAAAGAUGCAUGUCAGCACUUUAACUCUGUUUUUGUGAUUGCCUCUCCUUUGCACCAGUUAGGAAGCACAUUAAUUUUUUGGGGUUUGUGUUUGUCCCACACCUUAACUGGCCUUCACAAGCAUGUGGCACUCGUUUUUUUGUUUCCCCUGUGACAACAUCACAGCUGUCGCUUUUUUUUUUGUUGGCCCUCAAAACAAAAGCAUCCCCUUAACGUUUUUCAUCAAGAUGUCAAUAUGUGACGUAGAUACAGAAGCAAGCUUGAUAGGACCACGACUUAAAGGGCCAGCGAGAUGACUUUUUUGUACUCUCUGUGCUCACAGAUGUGUGUGUACGUUUAUAUUCUUGUACAUAUGCCAAUUUUUUUAUGUUGCUGCAGCGCUGUCCCAGCCGCGUGUUUCGCGUACACGCGCGCAUUGUCACGGCUUCUCUUGGACGAUGUUGAUGAUGAAAGAGCGCACUGAUCAUUUCAGAGGGAAAAGCUAAAUGAUGUUUGUCACUAUUGUAUUGUUUUCUUUGUUAUCUUAUUUUGUUGUCAAAUAUUUUGGUUGACGCGUGACUAAUAUGUCUUGUUCGGUAGGAAAAUCCAGAAAACAAAGUAGCAAAACAAGCAAUAAUUUACAGUUGUGAUAAUACCGGUACAGGUAUGUGUGUUUUCAUGUUCUUUCUCUCUUGACAGUAUCUGCUUCUAUUUGUGUAGUAUUGUUUCACAUAGAGAACAUACAUAAAAAAUGCUUCUUAAAAGCCACGUUUUGUGUCUUUUAUAAUAAGGCAAUGUAUGUUUAACCUGCUUUAUGGCUCGAAAUCGACCUACCCAAUGUCUUAUUAACAGAUGAAUGUUUUAUGAAGGUGUAAAGGUUGACUACCGUAAUCUUUUUAAAGAAGUAUCCACAUCA